CGACAACAGCUGUGGCAACAAAUUAUUUCUAUGUAGCUCCCUGCAUGUGCACAGCUACAGGCGUUUUGCACCAUGGGUCUACUAACUUUGGGAACGCCGCUUAGUUGGGAAGACACGAAGAAAUGGUCAGACCAUGUCCGAAAACACGGCAUCCAACAACUGAUAAACAUCUACCGGCGACUUAAAGAUCGACAUGGAGAUGUCUUGAAAUGGGGAGACGAGAUGGAGUACAUGCUGGUUGUUAUGGAUGAAGACACCAAGACGGCCCGCCUGAGUCUCAACGCAAACGAAGUUCUGGAAAUACUGGAGAAGAGGGAGAAAGAAAGUCCCAGGGACUACCCGGCGUCCUGGCACCCAGAGCAUGGCGCUUUCAUGUUGGAGGGAACGCCGAUCCGGCCGUAUGGACACCUUAUGGAGCAUUUGAACAUGGUGGAGGCCAACAUGAGGCUGAGACGAGAAGAGAUAUUGUCAGUACUGGACCAGAAAAGGGGAGAAACUGUCCUCACAUUAACUUCCUUCCCAAGGCAUGGCUGCCCAGGCUUCACAGACCCAGAGGUGGAGUGUAAUCCGACAGUAAAUCCGGAAUCGCGUUCGCUGUUCUUCCCUGACGCUGCGAUCAGCAUUCAUCCCAGGUUUAGGAAUUUUGUCCGCAACAUAAGAGAGAGGAGAGGAGAAAAAGUCAGCGUCAACAUACCAGUGUUCAAAGAUUCAAAUACACCAAAGCCAUUCAAAGAGACGUUCCCAAUCGACGACGUGGAAGCGAAUCGUAACGCUAAAGAUGACCACAUCUAUAUGGAUUACACGGCGUUUGGACUGGCCUGUGUGCAGUGCACCUUACAGGCUAGUGAUCUGGGGGAGGCCUUGCGUCUGUAUGAUCAGCUGGCACCGCUCUGUCCGAUCUUUCUGGCACUGAGUGCGGCCGCCCCAGUGCACCGUGGGUACCUGGCGGAUACAGACUGCAGGUGCAACAUCAUCUCACAGUCAGUCGACUGUAGGACACGCGAGGAGAGGGGACUAGAGCCCCUGAAGCAUGACAAGUUUGUGAUUCCAAAGUCCAGGUAUGACUCCAUCGACUGUUACCUGACUCCGGAGGCCGAGAAGUACAACGACAUUGACCUUGUUCUGGACCAGGACAUCUGCCAGCAACUUCAGGAUGCAGGUAUGGGCAGGUCUCUUGCUCGCCACUUCGCCCAUCUGUUUAUCCGGGAUCCGAUCUCCCUCUUCAGCGAGAAGAUCCACCAGAAUGAUGAGCUGGAGACAGAUCACUUCGAGGCCAUUCAGACUACAAACUGGCAGCCGCUGAGAUUCAAACCGCCUCCUCCCAACUCUACUAUCGGCUGGCGUGUAGAGUUUAGGCCAAUGGAGAUACAGCUGACAGAUUUUGAGAACGCGGCGUAUGUGGUGUUCAUUGUUCUCUUGACAAGGGUCAUCUUGUUCUACAACCUCAACUUCCUCAUCCCCAUGUCCAAGGUUGAUGAGAACAUGCAGGAGGCUCAGAAGCGAGACGCUGUCAGACAGGGGCUGUUCUGGUUCAGGAAGGAGGUUCUGCCUCCAUAUAAGUCUGGACUUGCAGCAGGGUCCGACAGCCAGUGUAACGGUGGGUGGAAGGAAGAUGAUAAGGAGUACACCAAGAUGACAAUCAACGAGAUUAUCAAUGGCAAGGCGGGCGGUUUCCAGGGUCUUGUGUCUCUGAUGAACUCCUACCUGGAGACAGUCGACAUCGAUGUGGACACCAGGUGUUCUGUACAGCAGUAUCUCAGGCUCAUCCAGAAAAGGGCAUCAGGUGAACUGAUGACGACAGCUCGUUGGAUUCGCUCCUUCGUCCAGAAUCAUCCGAAAUACAAAUCUGACUCCGUCGUUUCCGAGGAAAUCACCUACGACCUCACGAAGGUUGCCGACGAGAUCACGAAGGGUGUUCGGGCGUGUCCGGAGCUCUUCGGAACGCCUCGUACGCGCUCUAAAGUCUCCCUGUCUUCUGAGGGUCAAAAGAAGUUAAGGAAAGAAACUCCCGGCAAGGCUGACAUCGAUGUUUUGAUUUAGAAGUACAGUCAAACCUGUCUAAGCCGGCCACCCAGGGGACCAAAGAAAAGUGGUCGCCUUGGACAGGUGGUCUCCAUGAAGAGGGUCGCAUCACAGCAUGAAUGAGACUUAAAUGGUUUCCAAGUCGAGAUGUUUUAAUGUCAAAU